AUGCCGUGGCGUGCUACGACUAACAACCCUGAAGGGGUUGACAUGGUCAACCCCAACUACAAUCACCCGCAGCUCGUGUUAGUGAACGAUGAUAGCCCCUUGCCCAGCUACACCGCCACUGGUUUCUCUCUGCUCUUCAUCGGGGGCAAGCUGUUCAGCGGCAAGGACUUCACGCAACCACGCAGCUUCGAAGAUGACGAAAAGGGCCUCUUCUUCUCGCCGUACACGGAGUGGGCGCCCGAGCCGUACAACAACUCGCAGAGCCGCUUCGACAACGCCAUGUUCCGAAUCAUCAGCUCCGUCGGCGGCAUGGGCAACCUGUUCAACGACUUCAGCUCCCCGGGGACCAAGUGCGACCGCGACCUGCACCACACGAAGACCCGGCUGCUGAACGGCCUGCCUCCCAUGUCGAUGACGCGAUGGCGCCAAAGGGGCCUCGACGAGCCCGCCAACUUCGAGCGCGCGUGUCAGCACCUGUGCCAGGUCGUCGACGCCUUCGAGUACCUCAACCUCCCGCACAGCCACUACCGCCGGCUGAAGACGCACAACGAGGUCUGGGAGGCGUGCAGCAACUUCCAGAACGCGCUGAACGAGUACCGCAGGAGGCGUUUCCGCGGUCCCGUGUCGGUCACGGCGCUGUGGGAGGAGUACAUGGUGGACUACCUGCAGACGGUCGCCGCCAGGGCGCAUUCGUGGACGCUUGCGCGGAUAGACGAGUUGAGAGAGGUGCAGCUUGAGCGGUUGAGCAGGACGACGGGCGCCACGGACGGAUCGCUGCCCUCGCCGGAGCAGAUGGAGAUUCUGGACCGGAUACACGAUCUCACGGGGCUCACGAACCAGGCCGACACCAAGAUCAUGCUGCACACGUCCGGUUUUCGUCUGCAGACCCUCACCUCGGCGGUUGCGAGGAUAAAGGAGGACUGGAACGGGUAUGCCGGCGAGCAGCCGAUGACGAGUUUCCCGUCCGACAUGCGCCUCCGGUCCAAGAUCUACGGCAUGCGAUGCAAGUUCCUCAGCCACCAGCACAUCAUGAACCGGCUCCGCAGCGGCACGCGACCCGGGGAGCCUUCGGAUCCGGCGAGCCUGGGGGAACAGUGCCGGUCGCAGGUUAGCCAGUACAAGCAGGCGAGAUCGGAACUGCGGGGGCCGCCGCCUCAACUUGGGGACGAGCCGUGGGUCGCGCAGGUCAGGCUCAUGUUGACGAUGGCGAAUCGUCCGGUGAGGAUUUGGGGAUUCGUCGGGUACAGGAUCUGCUAUGAGCAUUCUGACGAGGAGUGGAAGAGCUUCUUGGAUAAGUUCAGGAAGAGCGUUACGGUUUGGGGCGAGGGGGUGGAUGGUGCGCAGAGCUUGAAGCCGAUGUGCAAGGUGCGGUGGCUCGAUGGCCGGGAGCAUGGCAUCCCGGAGGGCGACGUCGAGGCGGCGAAGCAGCAUUACAAGGAUUACAUCAAGACGCCGGCAUGCGAGGGUUUCGUCCCCAUGGCAGAGCAGAUCUUCUUGGUCGCCGACAAGGCGUCUAUCGAGUCGCACAUCAACCCUGUCGAGGACAACGCCGAGCCGGUGAUCCCUCGCGGUGACCUCGGGAGCUUCAUAUUGACCGCGAGAGCACCCUUCCCAGAAGACGACGUAAGAGGCCAGAGAAGGGGUGGGCAAGAUGGCCAGGAUGAGUUUGACGGCACUCUCAGAGUCCUCGGCUCGGUGUUGUUUGACGACUUCUUUGCGCUGCAGACACGCCAUGCGGUCCGGCUGCAGGAGCUCGCGAGGAUGGCAAAGGUUCACCCGCGGCAGGUCUACGUCGGGCCCAGCGUGCCGAUGGAAAGAGAAGGCUGGCGCGACUCGGGAACGUGGGCUCUGACGGUGUUGAAGUCUUUCGAGAAGUGGCGAGGAAGUUGA